UCUCGAAGACAGCGGCGCAAAAGUCACCCUCUUCGCCGAGCAUCGCUUCUUCGCCCUCGUUCCACCACGCUCGUCUCAUCGUCAACCCAAAUCUCGUCACACAACUUCGACCCCAAUGGCAGCCGCCGCUACCUCAUCUCCAUCGCCGCCCUCGCCGCAUCCCGUCUACUUCGUCCCUGUGGCCAUCGUACGCAGCGACAUCCUCGCUCUGGCCGCCCGCCUCCAUCAUACUCGAUGCCGUCCAUAGCGUCUGCUGUACCGCGCUUACCCUGGAUGGACUCCUCCGAUCCAUCCACCAUCUUCAUCUUGCUCACCCACCUGCCAGUACCGCCCAUCAUCUCACUACGGCUCAAUGCGUCACUCCCCGCAUGAUGCACGAGGGCAGAGGGGCUCGUUCAGUGGAGCAGCAGCGUCAUCCUCCCCAUCCACCAGACUCGCGGGGAUGACCCGCAUCCCAUCUUCCACUCAUCUACCCAUCAAGACGGAACUUCACCCUCUUUCCAGCCUUGUCAACCCCUCGCCGGCUAGGGCAGACCAACCAGGGCUUACUUGCCCUCGUCCCACCCAUCUGGCGCUGCUCAGCUUGCUCGGCCUCUUCACCUCAUACACCCUUGGCUACUCGCAUGUAGCAGAGCGCCGCCUCAUCCGCCAUUCACUCCCUCACUGCUCUCCUCGUCCAUCACGUAGGCUUCGAGUCGUCCCUCUCUGGCGUGGCAGGGAAUGGAUGGAGGGCUUGGUCGCGUCGUUGACCAUCUUCGCCCUCUCCAUACACACCACGUCAACAUCGAGCUGGCCCGCCAAGCUACGUCCGCGGGCCUGGGACAUUGCUGUCAGGCUUCCCGCUCUGCCAUUGGCAAGCAGCAGUCUGGCAGCGGUGCCCAUCCUGAGUGCCAUGCAGCUCCAACUUAUUGUGAACGAAGCAGGCCGCGCUGAUGCGACUUAUGCGGACCUCUGCAUCCUGGCUCGGCGCUGUGUGCGAUUAGAAAUGGUUGUGCGUGGCGAGCAGGUAGUCCAAUCUGGAAUCGAGACAGCGCUUGAGAGGACGAUCUCGAUGAGACAGCUCGCGGCAGGAGGCGGUUACGACGCGCCAGCCCUGCCUUAAAGUUAUCAUUCAUUGUCCUUCACGACGCUGCAGGCUGUGCUUGAGCUCCUUUCUUCGCUUGGCGCCCAUGGCCAUCUACCUUG